AUGGCAACAUGGAAUGGUGUAGGUCAAGUGGCCAGUGUUGCGCAACUAGCAGGGAUAGAUGCAUAUGGGCUGAUCAAGAUGAUUGUGGAGGCAGUGCAGACCGUUAGGAGGAACAAGGAGACCUGCCAAAAGCUCGCGCGACGCGUCAAGAUGAUAGGUGACCUUCUGCAGGAGCUUCAUGAGGCACAAUUGAUGCAACACCGAGAUACGAGGAACCCAGUGGAUCAGCUGGAGGAGACACUUCGGCGAGUUUUGAUGCUUAUCACAACCUGCCAGGACAGCAGCUUCAUGUAUCACUGCUUCACCGGAGGUAAUCAGGCUUGCCAGUUACGUGAGGUGGAGAAUGAUAUCGCCUUCUACCUCCAGAUUUUCCCCCUUGUGAGCCAUGUUGAUACUUCCCGUACCUUGGUGCUGCAUUUGAGCAGAGGUCAACCUUCACCUACAGAGGAGUAUGCAGAGGAGGCGCAGAUACUAAAAGAUGAUUCAGGCCAUGCAACUUCACCUAGGAUUGAAGCCACAGCUGAGACACUUGAAUCAAGACUUCAGGGAGUAAACAGGAAUUUGCCAGGAAGCAAUAUUUUCUAUGGAUCACAAAAAAGCAAGGUUAAACGGCUUGCUGUGGGCAAGGACAUACUUGUAAAACUAUUCUGUGCUGCAAGACGUUCAAGAUUAUUGCUGUUCAAUCUUUCUCAGGUCGAAAGGUAUACAGAAAAUUUCAAAUGGGAUAAUGUGGUUGGAUGUGGUGCUUUUGGCUAUGUUUACAAGGGAAAACUACCUAGCGGGAUUGAGAUUGCGGUCAAAAGAUUUGCAACAUCAUCAACUCAAGGUUCAGCAGAAUUCUCUGCUGAGAUUGAAACAAUUGCAAAUCUUCAACAUAGAAAUGUAAUAAGGCUACUUGGGUUUUGCAUUCAAAGAGAAAAGGACUUUCUGGGAUUUCAGAUUCAGCAGGAAGAGAUGAUUUUAGUUUACGAAUACAUGCCAAACAAGAGCUUGGCCUCUUUUCUCUACAGCUAUACAAAGACGGGAGAAUCACUUAAUUGGUCUAAGCGCCUCGAUAUAAUUGAAGGGAUAGCUCAGGGUCUUGUUUACCUCCAUGACCUAUCGUCUCACCAAUGUGUUGUCCACAUGGAUUUGAAAGCCAAUAAUAUAUUGUUAGAUUAUGAAAUGAACCCUAAGAUUUCUGAUUUUGGGAUGGCUAGGAUAUUACCUUCUAGCGGGACUGAAGAGACUUCGGACACUGCUAAAGGCACAACUGGUUAUAUGGAUCCAGAAUAUAUCAGGUCUGGGAAAUUCUCAGCGAAGUCUGAUGUGUAUAGCUUCGGCAUCAUGAUUCUUGAGAUCGUAAGUCGAAAGAAAUGUCUUUCUUUAUUAUCCAAUGGAGAUAUGAUGGAUCUACCGACGCGUGUCUGGGAGCUAUGGAAAGCAGGAAAGCCCCACGAGCUUGCUGAUGUAUCAUCGCCAAGUAAUGACCAACAAACGGCUCAGAUCAUCAGAUGCAUUCAUGUGGCACUGCUGUGUAUUCAAGACUGUCCGAUGCACCGGCCUACCAUGUUGGAUGUGCUUCUGAUGCUACGCAGCGAGAGCUUCGCCAGCUUACCUACACCUAGCGUGCCAGUCCACCACACAGAUGAGCAUCAAGCUGAAGCCCUGACGCUCGAGGGGUUCUGGGAGGUGAACGUACCAUUACAACCUGUUCAGGAGAUGGUCACUUCGUAG